AAGCGCAAGAGACAGGCUGCUCGUAGGACAGGCGAGCCAGUGGCCGGCGCGAUAUUGCGAGCUAUAUAUUUGCUGUGCAACGGUGCAGCUGCAUGCUAUCGGCCUUGGGAUCAGCUGAAUUAACUGGUUGAUGGCUGACGACGGCGCGCCGCGCGCCGCGAAGCGCGCGCGGUCGGCGCCGGCGGCCGGCGAGGGCUCGUCGAUGGUCGCGCGCCAGGCGGCGGAGAACGCCAAGUUGGGUCGGACGGGCGGCAUCUACGUGCCGCCGUUCAAACUCGCGGCGCUGCGGCAGGAGAUGGCGGACAAGGACAAGCGGUCGGCCGAGUUCCAGCGACUGUCCUGGGAGGCGCUGCGCAAGGGCAUCAACGGCCUCGUGAACAAGGUAAACGUGGGGAACAUCCGGUCGAUCGUCCCGGAGCUGCUCGAGCUCAACCUCGUCCGCGGCCGCGGCCUCCUCUGCCGCGCGCUCAUGAAGGCCCAACUCGCGUCGCCCGGGUUCACGCACAUCUACGCGGCGCUUGUCGCCGUCCUCAACACCAAGCUCCCCGAGAACGGCGAGCUCCUGUUGAAGCGCGUCCUCGUCGGCUUCCGGCGCGCGUACCGCCGCCGCGACAAGGUCGUCGCCACGGGCUUCGCCAAGUUCCUCGCGCACCUCUGCAACCACCAGGUGGCCCACGAGCUCGUGGCGCUGCAGCUGCUCACCGUGCUCCUCGACGACCCGACGGACGACUCGGUCGAAAUCGCCGUCCAGUUCACCAAGGAGGUCGGCCAGCUCCUGGACGAGGUUUCGCCCCGGGGCCUGCUGGCGGUCUUCGAGCGAUUCCGCGGCAUCUUGCACGAGGGUGCCGCCCCGCGCCCGACUCCCCCUCGCGACCCUCCCCGUUUUCGCGUCGCGCGUCGCGACCCGAAGUCGAUUCGCCCAGGCGUCAUCGACAAGCGCGUCCAAUACACGAUCGAGGGCCUCUUCGCCGCGCGCAAGGCCGGGUUCGCCGACUACCCGGCGGUGCCCGACGACCUGGACCUGGUGGAGCGGGACGACCAGAUCACCUUCGAACUCUCCCUGGACGACAAGGUCGACCGCGAGGAGGCACUGGACGUUUUCAAGGUCGACGACGACUUCGAGGCGCACGAGGCCGCGUGGGUCGAGAUCAAGCGCGAGAUCCUCGGCGAGGACGACGACGGCGAGGACGACGCCGACGACGACGACGACGACGACGCGCCGGCCGCGGCCGCGCCGGCCGAGGUCGGCCCGAUCCAGGACCUCACGGAGCAGGACCUCGUGAACCUUCGCCGGACGAUCUACCUGACGAUCAUGUCGAGCGUGGGCUUCGAGGAGUGCGCGCACAAGCUCAUGAAGCUCGACAUCCGGUCGGGGCUGGAGAUGGAGCUAUGCAACAUGCUGAUCGAGUGCUGCUCGCAGGAGCGAACAUACCUGCGCUACUACGGCCUGCUCGGGCAGCGGUUCUGCGUCAUGACCAAGGCCUGGCAGGAGGCGUUCGACAAGGCGUUCGAGGAGCAGUACGCGAUGAUCCACCGUCUCGAGACAAACAAGCUGCGGAACGUGGCCAAGUUCUUCGCGCACCUGCUGGAGACGGACGCGCUGCCCUGGACGUGCCUCGAAUACGUACGACUCAACGAGGAGGAGACGACGUCGUCGUCGCGGAUCUUCGUCAAGAUCCUCUGCCAGGAACUCGCGGAGCACCUGGGUCUCGCGACGCUCCGGGACCGGUUCAACGACCAGUACAUGUCCGACGUCUUCGCGGGCCUCUUCCCGCGCGAGAAUCCGCGGGACACGCGCUUCGCCAUCAAUUUUUUCACCUCGAUCGGCCUGGGCGGCCUCACGGAUGCGCUUCGCAAGCACCUCAAGGAGGCGCCCAGGCGGAUCAUGGAGCAGCAGAUGGCCGCCGCCCGCGCCGCCGUCGGCGACUCGGACUCGGACUCGUCGUCGUCCUCGUCCUCGUCCUCGUCCUCGUCGUCCUCGGGCUCGUCCUCGGACUCCUCGGACUCGAAUCACUCGGACAGUUCAAGUUCAUCCUCGUCCAGUAGCUCCUCUUCGUCGCUGGGCGGCGGAGUAAAAUAAAAGUAGCGGAC